ACUACCUACUCUGUGCUGGGCCUCAGACAAGCAGCAGGAGAGCACCACUAGCUGCUGAACCUCUCUCUGUCAGCAAGAGCCUUGGGCCAGUCAUGACAGUGCCACAGGGCUGGCAGACAGGACUCUAACUCUCAUCUCCGUGCUGGGUAGGACUGCUGGGAUCAGAGCCGAUCCUUUGUGGCAGAGUCUCACAGCUGUCUCCAGCCCUCAAACAGAGGGUCUGCUCUGCUCCAAAAUCCACCUUAGAACUUGCUCCAUCGUGCAUCCCUUGGUUGCUGACCUAGGCUCAGAAGAUGGAUGGUCCGGAGCUGAGCUGGCUGGUGAAUCGCUCCCUUUCCCUUCCACUGGGCUCAGCUCAAUAUCCUGAGCUCAGACUUGAUCUGCUUGACAGGAAAGGUUCCUGCCUGCAGUUGGCUGCCAUGAGGAAUAUAAACAUCAUCCUGCAGCACUACAACUUCACAGGCAAGCUGACCAACCGGCAGUCUGGGGAUGAGGGCAUGGGUCUCAUCCGCACAACCUUUGCCAUCAUCAGCUGCAUCAUCAUCCUGGAGAACCUGCUUGUGCUGCUGGCCAUUCUGCGGUGUCUGCGAGCCCGCCGCUGGGUCUACUCCUGCAUUGCCAGCAUCACUGUGAGCGACCUGCUUGCAGGAAUUGCCUACCUUUCUAAUCUCUGUCUCUCAGGCAAGAAGACCUUCCAGCUUUCACCUCAGCUCUGGUUCCUGCGGGAAGGCAUCCUCUUCAUCGCACUGGCUGCCUCUACCUUCAGCUUGCUUGUGACUGCCAUUGAGCGCUACAGUGCCAUGGUAAGGCCAAUUGCUGAGAAUGAAGCCAGCAAAACCCUGCGUUUACGCAGCCUGAUCAUUUCCUGCUGGCUGCUGGCCUUCAUCAUUGGACUGCUUCCGCUGUUGGGCUGGAAUUGCCUGUGCAACUUCAAUGCCUGCUCUGUCCUGCUGCCUCUCUAUUCCAAGAACUACAUCCUUUUCUCCGUAGUAAUGUUCAGCAUCAUCCUGCUGGGUAUCAUUGGCCUCUACAUCUCCAUCUUCCAGCUGGUCCAGGCCAGUUCUAAGCAAACCAGUUCUCGGCACAGCCGCAAACGGUCUCUGCGCUUGCUCAAGACUGUGUUGAUGAUCCUGGGUGCCUUCAUCAUCUGCUGGAGCCCCCUCUUUGUCCUAUUGCUCUUUGAUGUCUUCUGUGAGACCCAGACCUGCAAACAUCUCCACAGCCUGGACUGGACCUUGGCUUUGGCCAUGAUUAACUCAGGUGUUAACCCCAUCAUUUACUCCCUCCGGAGCAUAGAGGUGCGUCGUGCUGUGGGAAGCCUGCUGUGCUGCUGCUGUGUCAGUGUUGGGCUUUGCAAGCCUGGAAACUGCCUGGUCAUCACAGACAUCAACUCUGGCUCAUCCACAGAGAGCUCCCUGCGCUACCGGGAGAGCUUCCGCAGUUCUGUAGCACUGAACACCCGGCCCAGAGCACCUCUCUCCAGCAACUCCAGCAUGAUGAGCAAUCUCCCCAGCCUCUGAGAGGCCAUAAGGAGUAAGAGAUGCCCGACAGCCCACCAGGACCUCAUGCUGCUGGUUCUGGCCUGGCAGAACUGUAGCCUAUGUGCAGCUCAGGCUGACAAGGUGCAGCUCCACCCCAGUUGUUAACUGUGGCCAGGCUUUGCAAUCCCUUCAGAUUGGCAUGUUGCUUCAGUGUAGGUGCAGCACAGGGGCAGACAUUGCUCUUAAGUUGGGAGCAAAGGAUAUGGGCAUAUUUUGGUACUGAUGCUCUGCUGAGACAACUGCUGUGCCUAGGUUAUAAGUGGACCCUGCUCUGUGUGUGCAUGUAUAUAGAUGCUGUACCUGCCCAGAUUAGGGUAUUUUGCCCCAGGGCACAGUGACAAAUAGUGUGGGUAUCCCCAAUCAGACUGCCCCCCAGACGCUUGGGAUCAGGCUGGGCUGGCAGUGCUGCCACUGCAUGUCAUGUAGGGCUGGAGGAGAUGCUUGAGUCUUCUCCUGCCGUUUACAGCCUUCUGGAACUGCUGUGAUGAGCACAGCUGCUGGGAAAAAUGCACUUGGUGUCUUUCCAGGGAAUCAAGAACAACUGGGUUUGCAAGUGCAAGUGUGUGCAUCUGUGCGGCAGCUCAGGAGCCCCAGCUCCAGGAACCAAGUGCCCAGCUGUACUGCGGCACAAACUAGCUGCAGGAUGGCAGUGGGCUGCAGCAGCAGCCUGAUCCCUCACCUCAGUGCAGAGGCUGGGCACUGUCCCUGGGAAAAUGCUGUGACAGUGCUUACAGCCUAGCAGCAGGAAGUAAGAGCCCUGCCAUACCUCUGGGCAUGGGGCUGGAUCUGCAGUGGCAGCCCUGGCACUACCACAUGCAGAAGGAGGUACCCACAGUGACUGGGGAGUCUGGUGCCAUCUUGCAUGGCAGAGCUACCUGCUCCCAUCUGGCUGAACCUCUCAGAUAACAUAUGUCUGUACAGCAGAGGGUUCACAGUGCUGUGCCCUCCCAGAGAGGUAGGUCAUGCUCCAGCAAAUCUGCCAAGUUCUAAGGUCCCCACACAGGGAGAGGUGCCCACUGUGGUGGGCACUUGAAGGUUGAGUAGCAGCUUCUAGAUGGCUUUGCAUUCUAUUGUCUCCAGUGGGGUUUGUCUCACAUCUGAACAGAAGCAGCAGGGAUUGUUUCUUCUUUCUCUUUGGGCCAAAAAGGCUGCAUCCUUCCAGAAACCUUUCCAAAACCAGUGUUUGCAACAGAACAGAUUUGCAAGAAUGACUUCAACAGCCUGGAACAGUCAUCACCAGGAGGCAGGAGUGUGGUAGAGCCUGUCCCAAGCCCUUCUGAAGUUCAACACAACUGGGGAAAGGAAUGAAGGGGUCUGAUCCUGGCAUGUUUUCUCUAAGUGCUACCACAUUUGGAGAAGGGGGUUUGCCUAUACUCUGCCAGGGAAAUGUUCUGAGGGUCUCCAUCUCCCUGUGAGCUGGGCAGCACCAACAGCAGAGAAGGUACCUAAGGAGUCCAGGAGCCCAAACUCAGAGCAGUCACCUGUGGAUUCUCCCUGCUGCCCCAGGGCUGAGUGCUGCUGCUCUGGCCUCUCUGAAUGCCAUGUCUUUUCUCCUCUGAGCUUGCAGACCAGUAACUGGCUGCAGCCUCUGGUCCUGUCAGUUUGCUGGCUGGUAUCUCUGAGGUAGCAGGAGAUCCCAAGCUGCUGCAGCUUCAUGGGCAGGAAUCUUAAGAGUUGUGCAUGGACACAGCCCAGCUGGCAGCAGAAAUGGACAUUUUCUGUAGGCAGGCAGAGAGCUGUACUGCUUGAGGUUGGUGGGGGGAACUGCACCCAGGGCAAGGCUGGCUGAGGCCAGGAGAGGCUUUUGCAAAGCUUAGAGACCCUUGCAGCAGGGCUGGUAGGGCUGGGGUGACAGGGGUCAAGCAGCAGCCGAGGAGCCAACAGAAUGCCCACUGGAACAGGGAAGGGGAGGUGAGGGGCACAAUGACACCUGUCUGCAGGCUGUAGAAGUUUACUGGGGCCAGGCUUCAACCCCAAUACAGAGAGGACUGUUCUGUGCUAUGAAAAACAGCUGGGUCCAAAAUAGCCCCAUUCUUUCCUCCGGGUCUGACAGAGACCCAAGGGUCCAGAAGGCACUGCCAGCUUGCAUCUCGGAUUCCUGCUUUUCUAUUCCCUAAACUAAGUAAAAAGUAAGAGCAGCACCCAAAUGCCUCCUCUCGCCAUGCAAGGAGGCCAAAGCCACCCAAGCACUGGGAAGGAGAAGCUCCUGACGACUUAAAGCAUGCUGGCCCAGCCCCUCAGCAGGAGGUGCUGUGC